AUGGGUUUCAAGUAUCAGAGCAUACCAGUAUUCACUGAUUCAUCCACUUCUUUGUCACAAGGUAAAAGAGAAGGAAAUGCCUGGUCCGAAGGCUGUAAGCAAUAUGAGAUUGAAUUAUCGCGAGCGCACAGCAUGCGCACAUCAGAAGGCGCAGCGAAAACGGCGUCGCGCGCCUCCGAGUCAUACACAACCACCUCGAAGUUGCGGAACAAACCGAGUUAA